GCUGGGAUGAAGAUAAUACCUUGACACACUUACUUUGGAUGAAACCGGAGCAAGUUGAAAAUUGGAUUCGAUAUUCUGACUGUGUUUUCAAUGAUGUCACACAUAAGACAAACCGCUACGGCAUGGCACUAUUAUUAUUUGUCAGAUUUGAUAAUAACCGUCAAAAUAUCUUGUUGGCGCAAGCACUUCUGGCUGACAAAAGUCUUGAAUCUCACAUUUGGAUGUUCCAGCAAAUAGUUAAGGCUACUAAUACUCAACCUUUAGUUAUACUUACUGAUGCUGAUCCUGCCGUUAACACUGCUAUUCAUCAAGUAUUUACAAAUACAUAUCCAAUCUAUUGUGCAUACCACAUUACUCAGAAUUUGCAUAAAAACUUAAGAAAAUUAUUAUGUGAAACUUAUCAAAAGUUUCUUGAUGACUUUUACCUUUGUCGCAACUGUUUGAAUAAGGAAGGAUUUCAGCAACGUUUUGAACAGCUUGUUAAUAAUCAUACUAAAGCUCAACAUUAUUUGGAAUUUUUAUAUAAGUCCAAAAACUAUUGGGCACACUGUUUUACUAAUUUUAAAUUUACGGGCGGUAUGAUCGCUACGUCGCGUGUUGAAUCCAUGAACACAUGCCUAAAGCAUUUAAUAUAUAAUUCAAAUACUUCAUUGUAUGAACUUGCCACUGAAAUUCACAAGUUGCUCAAUAUUCAAGAUAAAGAAAAUGAGUAUAAAUUCUGGAAGUUGGCAAUUCCAAUGGUAAAACAUCAGGAAAAGGUUAAUUUUUUGUUCUCAAAAGUAGAUCAGUUUGCUCGUGAGGAUAUGGAAAGUUUAGAUGAUGAUGAUCUACAAUUUAGUUCUUGGGAAUAUA